CAUCUCUCCGACCCGGUGGCUGCGAGGCCGUUCCCGGUGCUCGGGGGGCCGGCGGCGGCUGGUGCCAAGCCCCUGCCCGAACCUCUUUUGUGCGGCCGCAGCCAAUCAUGGCCGGUGACGACACACUUCUCUUGGGGUAUAAAACCCCGGGGCCGCCGUUACCGCCGCUUUUUUUUCCUUUCCCCCCCCCUCCCCUUUUUCCUUUCACCCCCCCCCCCGCUUCCCCGCCCCCCGGCACCGUUCCCGCCUUCCCCCCGUUCCGCCGCGCCCCCCCCUCCCCUCCCUGUUUUCUCCCUCCUCCCCCCGUUAAAAACGUUGCGGUGGAAGCGGAACGGGGGGGGGCCGGCCCCCGGUGGUGGUGGGGACGUUUUGCUUCCCGGUAUGGCCCCGGUGGUGCUUUGCCUCUUGGCGGCGGCGGCGGCGGCGGUGGGAACGGGAGGGGGGGGCACUACUGGAACGGGGAGUGCUUCGGAGCCCUCCUGCCCGGUGUGCCUGUGGCGGAGGCACAGCAAAGAGCUGCGGCUGGAGAGCAUCAAGUCUCAGAUCCUGAGCAAGCUGCGGCUGAAGGAAGCGCCCAACAUCACCCGGGAGGUGGUGAAGCAGCUGCUGCCCAAGGCCCCCCCGCUCCAGCAGCUCCUCGACCUCCACGACUUCCAGGGGGACUCGCUGCAGCACGACGAGUACCUGGAGGAGGACGAGUACCACGCCACCACCGAGACCGUCAUCAGCAUGGCCCAGGAAACGGACCCCGUGGUGCAGAUCGAGGGCAACCCCCAUUGCUGCUUCUUCAACUUCAGCCCCAAGGUCAUGUUCACGAAGGUGGUGAAGGCACAGCUGUGGGUGUACCUGCGGCCCGUGCAGCACACCUCCACCGUCUACCUGCAGAUCCUCCGCCUGAAGCCUGUGACGGAGGAAGGCAGCCGCCACAUCCGCAUCCGCUCACUCAAGAUCGACCUCAACUCCCGCCUCGGGCACUGGCAGAGCAUCGACUUCAAGCAUGUGCUGCAGAACUGGUUCAAGCAGCCGCAGAACAACUGGGGUAUUGAAAUCAACGCCUUCGACCCCAACGGGAACGACCUGGCUGUCACGUCACUGGGGCCUGGUGCCGAAGGGCUGCACCCCUUCAUGGAGCUGAGGGUGCUGGAGAACAACAAGCGCUCGCGCCGCAACCUGGGGCUGGAUUGCGACGAGCACUCGACCGAGUCGCGCUGCUGCCGCUACCCCCUGACCGUGGACUUCGAGGCCUUCGGCUGGGACUGGAUCAUCGCGCCCAAGAGGUACAAAGCCAACUACUGCUCGGGGCAGUGCGAGUACAUGUUCAUGCAGAAGUACCCGCACACCCACCUCGUGCAACAGGCCAACCCGCGCGGCUCGGCCGGGCCCUGCUGCACCCCCACCAAGAUGUCCCCCAUCAACAUGCUCUACUUCAAUGACAAGCAGCAGAUCAUCUACGGCAAGAUCCCGGGCAUGGUAGUGGACCGAUGUGGAUGCUCUUAGAGCCGGUGCUGCUGCCCCGCACCCCCCCCCCCCGCCUCUGAACCGGCCUCUUUCCUGCCACUUUUGUGGGGGUGGGAGUUUUGGGGGGGUUUCUUUUUUGCUAUUUUCUUUUCAAAAUACAAAGAACAAGCGUUGAGGUUCCUUUGGAUGUUGGGGCAAGAGGACAGAGACGCAGAGAGACGGAAACCCCGCGGAGAAACGCUGCAGCAACCCCAUGAUUCGACUUGCAUUGUGCAAUAACGCAACCAGACGGAGAAGGGAAGGGGCGGCGCGGAGCCCCGGCACGGCUUCACGGCGGUAGGGAGAGGAGGAAGCCACUGGAUCCCACACCUCCGGAGCACCCGUGGGGAUGGGGACGCCCCUGCCCACCCCAGGGCCACGGUGACAGCUGAGGACGGGAGAAGCCAGCAGCGGGACCCCCGGGAUGGGCCCGUUGGGCUCUGGCGGCGGCUCCGGCGCGGGAGGGAACCGUCCCCUGCUUUAAUUUAUUUAUUUAUUAAUCACCCUCCGGCCGGGCUCUGCUGGGGCAUCUCCUGCCCCUCCUGACACCCCCACGGCCCUGCGUGGGGAUGGCACCAC